UCCUCUUUCCCUCGAGCAGGCGGCGGCGGCUAGUGCAGCAAUGGCCAAGAUUAAGGCCCGGGACCUUCACGGCAAGAAGAAGGAGGAGCUGCUGAAGCAGCUGGACGACCUGAAGGUGGAGCUGUCCCAGCUGCGCGUCGCCAAAGUGACGGGCGGCGCGGCCUCCAAACUCUCCAAGAUCCGAGUUGUUCGCAAAUCCAUCGCCCGUGUUCUCACCGUCAUUAACCAGACUCAGAAAGAGAACCUCAGAAAGUUCUACAAGGGCAAGAAGUACAAACCCCUGGAUCUGCGGCCCAAGAAAACGCGCGCCAUGCGCCGCCGGCUCACCAAGCACGAGCAGAACCUGAAGACUAAGAAACAGCAGCGGAAGGAACGGCUGUACCCGCUGCGGAAGUAUGCGGUCAAGGCCUGAGCAGUGCGGCGUCAAUAAAAACAAACUGGCUGAAAAAAAAAAAAAA